UUUCUCGGCCGUCGCUCGCUUGUAGCGGCGGUACAAAAAAAAUGGCCAUCGUCAGAUUCGGCGAAGUAUCGGUGCCUUUUUUAUUAAACUGUCCUUUCCAGUAAACCGAGCGGCGGAGCGGACGAUGCGCGUUUCGCGGCGGCGCUAGCUGAGAAGCGGCGCUAACGGGCGGCAGUUGGGCUCGUCCCCGACCGUUGGAGCGGCUCCGUGUCCGGCUGAAAGCAGAUGGGAUCCUCGGUGAAUUCGGGCGAAAGGCGGAAGACUGCGUAUCAACAGACCCGACCCGAGGGAUGCUACGAAGCUACGGCCGAUAGCUAACCGACUCACUGACGUUAUCUCCUCGCAGGAUGCCAGGUAACACCAGGGAUUAAUGAUUACAGAGGAAACAUUUGACUGAUCCUUCUUUAUGGAGCCACAGCAGGACGGCUUGAACUGAGACAGCUUUGAUACUCGGCUAGACGCAGCGCUCACCGGACGUCAGGGAUGGCGAGCAGGAGGAAAUCCACCACCCCCUGCAUGGUUCCUCCUCGAGAAGCCGUCGACUCGGAUCAGGAGAUGGAGGACGUCGCGGAGGCGGCCGAACCGGAGGACAGUAACGGCGUGGCGACCGUCUCUUCGGAGGUUUCCGGUCCGCUGGAGGAGCGGGGCGAGGACGCGGACGGCAGGCAGGUGUCGGACCACUAUCUGGACUCCAACAUGGCCGAGGGAGGCUACGAGUGCAAAUACUGCAACUUCCAGACGGCGGAGCUCAACCUGUUCACCAUGCACGUGGACACGGAGCAUCCCGACGUCGUCCUCAACACCUCCUACGUCUGCAUGGAGUGCGACUACCACACCAAGAGUUACGACACGCUGCUGGCGCACAACGCUCGCCUCCACCCGGGCGAGGACAACUUCACGCGGACGAUGGUGAAGCGAAACAACGAGACCAUCUUCCAGCAGACGGUCAACGACCUCACCUUCGACGGCAGCUUCGUCAAAGUGGAGGACGACGAGGCCGAGGAGACGUCGCGCAAAGGCAUCGCCCUCAGCAAGACGCCCAUCAUGAGGAUCAAGAGCAGACCGGAGCCCAAGAAGUUCGCCGCCUUGCACAAAAUGGCCGUCGACGACGUCAUCAAAGUGGAGAGCGACGAGGACGAGGACGACGAGAACAAGGAGCCGCCCACGCUGUCUCCUGCCCCGAUGACCCCCGCCGCCCUCGCCCCUCGCCUCAUCCCCGUCUCCGCGCCGAUGCACGUCCAGGCCGUCCCGCAGAGCAUCGUGGUCAACAGCCCCAACGUGCUGCAGAUUAAAGGUGGCUCGGGCGGCGGCGGCGCCGUGCUGCCUCCCGGGACGCUGGCUCAGGUUCUGUCGGCCCUGCAGAACCAGCAGAACAGCGCUCAGACGCAGACGCAGCUCCUCAUCCCCAUCAGCAGCAUCCCCACAUACAACACGGCCAUGGACAACAACGUCCUGCUGGUCAGCGCCUACAACAGGUUUCCAUACCCGUCGGUGUCGGAGAUCAUGGGCUUGUCUUCGCAGACCAAGUUCAGCGAGGAGCAGAUUAAAGUCUGGUUUUCUGCUCAGAGGCUGAAACACGGAGUCAGCUGGACGCCGGAGGAGGUGGAGGAGGCGAGGAGGAAGAAGUUUAACGGCACGGUGCAGACCGUCCCUCAGACCAUCACCGUUAUCCCUGCCAACAUCGCCGCCGCCACCAACGGCCUGCAGUCCAUCUUCCAGACCUGCCAGAUCGUUGGCCAGCCGGGCCUCGUCCUCACUCAGGUUUCCGGCAACGGCAGCACCGUGCCAGUCGCCUCUCCCAUCACCCUGACGGUCGCCGGCGUCCCCGGCAACCAGCCCAAAGCCGCUGAACCGUCGACGUCAGAAUCGAAGACAGAGAUGUCGGCCGGCACAGCGCUCACUUUGGACGCGUCGGCGACCAAGCCGAAGAAGUCGAAGGAGCAGCUGGCGGAGCUGAAAGCGAGCUACGGCAGGAGGCAGUUCGCCACCGAGGCGGAGAUAUCACGACUCAUGCAGGUCACCAAACUCUCCAAACGAGCAAUAAAGAAGUGGUUCAGCGACACGCGCUACAACCAGAGGAACUCGAAGGAUCACCACGGUGUCGUGCUGAGCGAAACGCCGCCCAGCAGAGUGGCGGCGCCAGGAGCAGGCCGGGGAGCAAGGAACAACAGUGGCAGCCUUAAUGACAGCAACAACAGCGAUAUCAACACCACCAUCGUCAUCGACUCCAGUGACGACGCCAGCGACUGCUCCCCAACUUCUGCCAACGCUCCGGGCUCGUCCGGCUCCUCCAGCGACCCGCGGGUCAAAUUCCGCCACGCCUUCCCUGACUUCACGCCACAGAAGUUCAAGGAAAAGACUCCAGAGCAGCUGCUCAUCCUGGAGGCCAGCUUCCAGAAAUCAGACACGCCGUCGGACGAGGAGCUGAGCCGGCUGCGCGCCGAGACGAAGCUGACGCGGCGCGAGGUGGACGCUUGGUUCACCGAGAGGCGGAAAAUGCCUUCAGCAGCACAGUCGAAGGACGAGGACAUCGAGGGGGACGGCGAGAAGAUGAAACCGGCCUCUGCGCCUUCGUCAUCGGCUCAGGAGCGGCAGACCACUCCACCCGCCAGCAGGAAGGCGAUGAAGAAGACGCCGGAGCAGCUCCACAUCCUGAAGAAGGCCUUCGUCCGCACGCAGUGGCCCACCACCGAGGAGUACGACCAGAUGGCGGACGAGAGCGGUCUGCCGAGGACGUACAUCGUCAACUGGUUCGGAGACACACGUUACGCCUGCAAGAACAGCAACCUGAAGUGGUACUACCUCUACCAGAGUGGGAAGGUGGACGAGGCGCUGAACGGUGGAGCCAAGAGCCAGAAGAAGUCCAGAAAGCGUUUCCGUGGUUGGUCCAGGAGGACACGCCGGCCUUAUCCCUGCAAACGAUCCCCAAUGGGGGGCGCCACUGCCAUCAAGGUGAAGUCCGGUAAGUCGUUUCUGAAGGACUACUACCUCAAACACCGAGCCCUGAGCGAGAAAGACCUGGACGACCUGGUGACCAAGUCCAGCAUGAGCUACGAGCAGGUCAGGGACUGGUUCUCUGAGACCGCCAGGAGGGUGGAGGAGGGCAAGGAGCCUUUCAGCGAUGAGGAGGCCGAGGGAGAGGAGGGGGAGGAAGAGGAAGAGGACGAGGAGGAGGAGGAGGAAGAAGAAGAGGAGGAGGAAGCGGCUGCGGAGCACGCAGACAGCGAGGGGGAGAUGGAGGUGAAAGAACAAGGAGAGGAGGCCACUGACGACGACUGCAACGAGGAUGAAGAAGAGGAGGAGAAGGAGGAAGAGGAGGAGGAAGCCGAGGACGACGACAACAAUGACGAAGUGAUCCAGGAGGAAUCUGAAGGUGUCAGCCAAUCACAGCCUCAGGCAGAGGAGCAGACAUGAGCAGACAGCAUUAACGUUUCUUCCCCCACCGUGGAGACGACUUGGAGGACGAUAUGUGUCAGUGUUUCUCAGCUGGCGGCUCGGGACCCAAAGACGGCCGCAGACGGAUGCUCGGACAGACAGUCGCAGCUCAGAUGGAUCACUAAAAAACACGGGUUCUGUGCCUUUUGGAGAUGAACUUUGGGUCCUGAUGCAGCUGAGAAGCACUGAGAGGAUGGAGCUGAAUCAACGGACAAAGCAUCAGGAUGUAGUUUGUUUUCUGCCAAUGAACUGUGGGGACCAACGAACGCACCGGGGACGACGCCUCCUCUCGCCGCCACGAGAGUAAGUUCCAGCUCUGCUCCUGUACAAAUAACAAGGCUUUUACUUUGGUGAGAAUGACAGGGCUUUUAUUUUGGCCUUUUUGUGUCAUUUUUCUUACAAAAAGAAAAAAAAAAUCAAUGUUUUACGGUAAACUUUGUAUAAAGGAUGAAAAAAAAUAAAUCAACCCUUUCUAAGAGGUGAGACCUCGCAUGGAUUUCUCAUUAAAAUAAACUUUUUUCAGAAUAAUGGACCAUCAGAGCUUUUUCUCAAGGGAACGUCCUCUCCCCAAAUCCAACAAUGAAAACAUUUUGUUCUGAAAAGAAAAGGUUUUUUUGUGAAUAGACAGCUCAAAUUAGUGCCAUUCUGUUUUCUAAGUUUUUGUUUUUAAAUCAAAAAAAUCAGUGCUGGAACGAAUUCCACGUUGACGUUUUAACGUUUUUUGUAUUUUUUUUCCAAGUGAUCUGUUGAAAGUCUGAAUGACGUCGAAUAUAAUGGGCACUGAAUCCAUUAUACUAUUAUUAUUAUUAUUAUUAUUAUUAUUAUUAUUAUUAUUAUGCUAUUAUGAGUUAUUUUUGAAUAUGGUGAUAAGUUCCAUGUGAGCAGGUGUUUGGGUCCAUUCAGUUUCAAUGACAUCAAUUCAGUUUGUGAAUUUACCUCCAAAAUAACUCAAAUGGAAGAUCCACCUUAAAACUCCUCAUUAAACAAUCAGAUUUAUUAUUCCCACAAUGCAACUGUACAACUAAUGCUGAAAUCUUCAACUAGAGCCAAACUGAUGUUACAUUUUAGAGGCCAAUAUUAAUAUUUACUUUAAUAACAAUGUCGGCUGAACACAAACAUUUUUAUAAUAAUUCCUUAAAUUUAGUUAUUAAAGAACUGGAACUACUUUACAGUGUAAAAAUAAUUGGCCAAUGUGUUUGCUGGUGUGUUUUUCUGAGCUGCCGGUUUACACCAGUGGUUCCCAACCUGGACAUUCGGACCCCCAUUAGGGGUCGCCAGUCCUUCUUGAUGUUAUUGGGUGUAAGAGAACUCUUAAAGUAUACACAGGAGGCCUAUAGCUAUAUAUAAUCAGCAUUUUGUCAAAUUCUGUGAAGAAAACUCAAUGGAAUAUUUGGCUUAAAUACACAAUACAGAUGGAGGAUUGUACUAAAAGUUCCUAAAACCAACAGAAAGCUCACCUCUGAUAUAAUAUUUACAGGAAAUAAUGAUCCAAAUCUCUGGUUUUACACUCUGGUCACUAACAGGUUGAGAACCGCUGCUUUACAGCCACAGUCCAUCAGAAAUGUGUCGACACCAUUUAACUUACACACAGUUUGAAAUAUUAGCGUCAGAUUUUACUGCGCACACAAAUGUUUCUAUGCAUAAAGUCUGUGAGGGUCCAGUUCCUGUGUGUGUGUGUGUGUGGGGGGGGGGGGUUUCUAGGUUCUGGGAAAGUUUUACAUCUUAAACCGUCACAGUUUCAGAAACUUGUCAUUCGAGAUGUUCUGAUGCCAUUUUUUUCCUUCCCGAUACUGAUUCCAAUACCCGAUACCGAGUACUGAUCCGAUACACGCACUAAAAAAAAAUCCAUACACAAUAUAUAUAUUUUAUUGGGAACAAAAAGUGGUGAACGGGCCUCAUACAGGACAUGGUAUCGGAUGUGGGCAGCGUCGGAGGAACUUCUGCCAUCGGUAUCAGAACAACUCUACUUAUAAUGAAAAGAGUGAGAAUGAACCGUGUUUGCUGUCUAUUGAACCAUAACCAGCUUUACUCAGACACACCAGCUGCAAAGGGUCUUCUGAGGCUGGCUGAACGGCAUUCUGGGAAACGUAGGAAAUCUGGUGGGAACAGAAACCAAAACUCAUGAAGUAGAUGAUCUGUUUUUAAGGUGGAUUUGUCCUUUGGCGUCCAGCUCUGGAUGGUUACAGGUGGAAACCCUUCACUCACCUGUCGGCCAUUUUAGACACAUCUUUUUCUCACUUGGGGUUUUUUUUAAACGACGAUUAUCAGAGUUGAUCGACUUGAACGGUAGAUGAACCCAAAUACUGUUUGUGUCCUUGUGUCCAAAAGAAAGAAAAAAAACAACAAAAAAAAACAAAGGCAUGUGUGCUCUUCUUCAGGAAACAGGCAACUUUACCUCAGUCAGUUAAGCUACAAACUCGGUAAGAUUGUGACAUUUACACUUUUACGACAGUUUUUUCUUUUUCUAGAGAAUUCAAUACUGUAUGCAUGAAAAUACGAGUACACAAUAAUAAUUAUGUCUUUCAGAUGGCGUUUCUUGUUUUUUUUUGUUGUCCUCGCCACCAAAGUAAGUGAAUCACUUUAAAAAGAAAAAGAAGACAUAGUUAUUAGUGCGUUUCUUUUUGCUCAAAUACGGGUGAACUAGUAAACAAUAUCUUUCAGGUUUUCCACGAGAGUUAACAGACGAUAUUUUAGGGACAAAGAAACCACAAGCACUUGGCUCAGUUCCCGCGGGGACUUUUUAACUUUUCAUAUGUGGGGGUAAAAAAAAACAAAAAAAAAGAAGUAAUAAGCUUUUAUUUUGCUUUCCUCUGCUCUCUCUUCCUGUGUUUACUGAACCACGUAGGACUCUGUUAGAAUAUGCAAACAUCAGAGAACAAUCAGCGGCUUCGAGCGGCGGCAAACUCUUUGGGUUUUUUUUUUUUUUUUUUAAACGAUCUCAUCAUCGACGUGGGAUCCUGCUGCGAGCUCUGUAAAGUUUCCGCCUUUAAACUGCUCUAAUAGCCGACAGUUUUCAGUAGUUAAUUUAUUUAUUAUAUCUGGACUUUCAUGGAUAUCUUUUUUUUUUUUUUGUCUGCAAGCAAAAAAUAAAACGUGAAAAAACCGGUUGGA